AUGCUGCUACCGACCAAUCUGCUACUCAUCCCCCCUGGGAACCCGCCACCCGCAGCGGCCGCCCGGCUGCUGCAUUCCAAACGCUCCGACGUGGCAUGUUCGUUGACGGUGCGGAACCGGAGCCUGCGCCCCUUGGAGGCGCUGUGGGUGAACUACGACGGUGACGAGGAGCCGUACACAGUCGUACCGCCUGGUCAUGCAUGGACUGUCGACACAUACGAGACGCACCCCUGGCGCUUCCGGGACCCGGAUACGGGCGACCUCGUGUGCGAGUACGUCGCGCAACGUGGUGAACGCCUGCUACAGCUGUACGACAAUCCACAACAACAACAACAACAACAACAACAGCAGGAGGCCCUGACCCAGCCUCCAUCCUCUCAACAACCACCACAACAACAACCGCAAGAACCUCAACUACCUCAACAACAACCUCCCGGUUUAGAGGUUGGCGGUUUCGAUGGCCUAGGCAACCGCGCGGAGCAAUACACGGAAGCCAGCUUGUUGUCCGUGGUUGUCGUACCGCAGGGUUUGGUUCCGGAGGGGGGCCUGGGGGAAGGGGGGGGAGUGGUGGUAUUGGGGCUGGAGGGCUACGAGCGGCCGCUGAGUCUGUUGGCCCUGGGGGGCACCCUGGAGCGAGUUGUCAUCACCCGGCAGGCUGGUGUGGGGGUGUUCGUGUCUCAUGCCGUGGCGGACCUGGUUCAGCAGCAAUAUCGGGAUGCUGCGGAAUCAGGGAACCGCGCCGUCUUGGAUCUGACCGAGCAACAAGUGGACUAG